AUGCGAUCCCGAGCAAUCGACAUCUUCCUGUUACUCACGCCAUGGCAAACCGACGGCAGCGGGGACAAACUUCUCAAAGUCCCUCUCCGCUCGCGUAUUUACCACCCGCGUUCUCACCAGUCCCAGCUUGACAUCCUGCUUAGCUCGUCUCGCGGAAUCGGAACUCCACGAAGACAUACCUCUCGGUCCAUCGAGCGGGAUGAUUCGGCGUCGAAGAUGUUCGCGAAGCGAGACAUCAACAUCCGAAGGAGCGCGUCGAGGCCCGCGCUUGGGAGUCUGUUCAUCAAAAGCUCGUUCUAUCGCAUUCUCCUCCUCCUCAUCGCCGCAUUCCACCUUCCGCCGGACCUCCCCGUGCGCAGCGCGCGCUUCCCGACCGCAGAUACGAAGUUCAUUCGCCGAGGGAGACUCGAGCAACGAGUAUAUGGAUUGUCAUUUGCGGGUCAGGUAGAUACGGUCACUGACGUGGUCGGAGAGCAAGUCCACACCACGAGGCAAAUAGUGCUGGGUCCACGAGUAGCGGCUGGAAGCGCCGCAUGCUUCGUUCAUUUGGAUAGCACACCCUCAGCCACAUGUAUCACUCUCACCACACCCCACCUCCCGCGAGCCGUCUUCGCGCGCCCUGCUCGCAUCGCCGACGAGUUGCCCUUCGUCCCCGGCAGAACACGAGGAGCGGUCCCGGUGUGGGGUAUCCAUAUCGCCGUCCGGAGUCGUCGAGAUGACGUCGAGCGAAAGUCGCUUUUGACAGGAGAUGGGACUCGGAUGAGUACAUGGGCGGCGCUUCGGCGCCGCAUUCCUCAUGCCAUGCGCCGUCCGGCUUCUCCUCGCGGGGUCAGCAAUAUCAUCCCCUCGUUGUCGUCUCCCCUCGUCUCGUCCUUCCAGCGCACUCGCGCCCUUCACCGACCUUUCAGCUCGCGGGACUCGUUCCAGGCGCUGCGUAGAUGUCUCGCUGUCCGACAAGCGUGUAAAUGGCUGUGGCGCUAG